AUGUAAGAAAAAUUUGUAGAGGCUUAUACUGUAAUUCGCAUCUAACCAGAUUAACAUACAGAGUUAUUUAAUAUUUAAAAAUGUCUGGAUACAGAAUUCCAUUUUCUGCAAAUAUUGAUGACAAGUUUAUUUGUAAAUCAUGUGGUCACUUAUUGAGAGAUGCUGUACAAACACGUUGUGGCCACCUUUAUUGUGAAAACUGCUUGCUGAGGAUGUUAGAACAUGAACGGGUGUUAAAGGCAGUCAAAUGUUUAGACCAGAAUUGUAGCACUCAAAUUGGAAAUGAAGGGUAUUUUCGUGACAUUCACACAAGAAGAGAAAUACUGCAAAUUAUUACACCAUGCUUGAAUAAAGAUACUGGUUGUGAUUGGAUUGGUGAAGUCAGAUCUGCUGAAGACCAUUAUAAAGAGUGUGAGUGUAGGCCAGUGACAUGUGUCAAUUCUGGCUGCAAUAAAGACGUACCACUUAGGACAUUAGCCAAGCACCAAGAGGAGGAAUGUCCUUUUAGAGACGUGGUUUGCAACUUCUGCUAUAAGGCAAUAAAGUGGGCUGAUCAAGCAAACCAUAGUGAAAGCUGUGAAAACCUACAUGUUACUUGUGGAAAUUGUGGGAAGGAGAACAUUCAAUUGUGCGAGUUGAAGAGGCAUCAAGAUGCAAAGGACGGUGAUUGCACACAAAAAGAGUGUCCAUACAGAGACUACGGAUGUGAGCAUUGUGUAAGUUUGUUAGCCUGA